AUGGAAAUAUUACAGGUUAAUGGUAAUCUCGAUGUAAUGGAAAUAUUACAGGUUAAUGGUAAUCCCGAUGUAAUGGAAAUAUUACAGGUUAAUGGUAAUCCCGAUGUAAUGGAAAUACUAGAGAUUAAUGGUAAUCCCGAGGUAAUGGAAGUAUUACAGAUUAAAGGUAAUCCCGAGGUAAUGGAAAUAUUACAGAUUAAUGGUAAUCCCGAGGUAAUGGAAAUAUUACAGAUUAAUGGUAAUCCCGAGGUAAUGGAAGUAUUACAGAUUAAAGGUAAUCCCGAGGUAAUGGAAACAUUACAGAUUAAUGGCAAUCCCGAGGUAAUGGAAAUAUUACAGGUUAAUGGUAAUCCCGAGGUAACGGAAAUACUGGAGAUUAAUGGUAAUCCCGAGGUAAUGGAAAUAUUACAGGUUAAUGGUAAUCCCGAGGUAAUGGAAGUAUUACAGAUUAAAGGUAAUCCCGAGGUAAUGGAAAUAUUACAGAUUAAAGGUAAUCCCGAGGUAAUGGAAACAUUACAGAUUAAUGGUAAUCCCGAUGUAAUGGAAAUAUUACAGAUUAAUGGUAAUCCCGAUGUAAUGGAAAUACUAGAGAUUAAUGGUAAUCCCGAUGUAAUGGAAAUACUAGAGAUUAAUGGUAAUCCCGAUGUAAUGGAAAUACUAGAGAUUAAUGGUAAUCCCGAGGUAAUUUCAAAUAAACAGCGUUCAUUCAGUACAUGGCCUAGGUGUGGAAUCGAUCUCGGACAACCUAUUGGUUAUUGGCGGAAGUGA